AUGGGCAAUGAAGUAGGCACGGUAAGUAGGGAGCAUGUAAUGGAACGUCCCUUCUCUGACUUCCGUUUGGGGAUCGCACGAGUCUCCCUCAAGUUCUUCAAGGUGGUGCGCACUAUCUUAGCUAGCACCUGUUGGUACCUACUACCGGCGGUCGCUCUCGCUGUCGCUGGCUGCCAUGGCUAG